AUGAACCCCUCCAAUGGCUCCUCGUUGUCCACGUCCAAGAGCAACUCGACACUGCGCCCGCGAACACGAAGACUCAUCUCAGUAGAAGAUGACAUCUAUGCAACGGAUGGGAGUGACAGUGGACCAAGUAGGGCCACGUCAAGAUUAGGCUCGCGGAACACAUCUCCUACCCCGAAUGUACGUACAGGCGGCGCUUCCUCCUCGCGUCUCAACGUCACUUCUGCUCCGUCAUCGUCCUUUCAGAGAUCUUCCGGCACAUGGACCCCGAAAUCGCCCUCGCAAACACUCUCCGGACUAUGGGGAAACUCGUUGGCGGCUAUCCAGGGCAUUGCCGCUACCGUGCUGGCUAGUGACGGUACCACAGGUGACUCUGGAAGCACUCGCAGACGGAAACCGGGUCAUGGGCGGCGUACGUCUACGAGCGCACCACCGCCGAAACAAUGGGGUCCCGCAGGAGCAGGCUCGCAUGUUGGGGCUGGAACACACGAAGAAAGAGAGGCCAUGGUCAGAGCAAUGAAGCGGAAAGAUCUGUUAACUGCCGGCGAGCAUCUGGUGCCGGACUCCGUUGGCCGUAUAAAGCGCAGGAACUCGGAUGAACGACUCAGCACUUCCGCGCCUCCCAGCGAGAAUGACGACCGAGAUGCGCUCGUAUACAUUCACCACGUUCGGCCGCAAGACACGCUGGCUGGGCUUAGCAUCAAAUACAACUGCGAGCAAGCUGUAUUACGAAAAGCUAAUCGUAUGUGGCCGAACGACAGCAUACAGAUCAAGAAGCAGGUAGUGCUGCCAGUAGAUGCUUGUGGCGUAAAGGGAAGGCCAGUCCAAGGCCCGGAUGCUCUCCCUGCCGAAGAUCUGCUACUAGGAGAGUAUGGCGAUGGUUCGAGUAGCAAAGUUCCAGCUUCAGAUACUCAAGGUCUUCCCAAUGGCUGGACCACGCCGAAAAAGAAAGACCAAGAGACCAACUCCGUCCCCUCCUCUGAUGCAGAAACGCCAUGGAAACAUGAUUCAUGGGUGCUCCUUCCUAAUGACAAACAGCCCACACAAAUCGGCCGCAUGCCACGUAGAGCACUCGGCUUCUUCCCACCCGCUCGGCGGAAGUCCCUCGCAUACUCUGAUGCAUCAACACCUCGGGCAUCCGUCGACCUUCCACGCUCCUCCACAUCCACGAAUCCACAUACCAGCUCUCCCUCGCAAUCCGUUCGACCGCGUGCGUCAAGCAAUUUGUCAUCCGCCUCAGCCCACAGCCGCCAAAGAAGUACAUCAGGCAAGGCAUGGGGUCUGCACGGCCCAGGAGGUGUCGGUACAAUGGGCAGAAACGUGCGAAGCCCUGGGCCUGCACAGGAUGGUCUGAACAAGAAGUUUGGUCAGUACCUGCCCAACAUGGCGCCCCCACCAGGUCAGGAAUACUUCACACCAUGGGCGCCAGGCCUGCUGGACGCAGGUGCCGGGACGUCGAGUCAGUUUGGCGGAUCAGGUGCUGUCACACCACUCAGUGGUAGUGGCUUGGAUUUCCAAGAACUCGGAGGCGCCAUAGAAGGCUGGGUAAGAAAAGUUGGUACACAAGCACAGAAGCUUUUGAAUGAGCCAGGUACACCUGGGCAAGGGAAACGCAGUGCCGUGCCCGUGCUAGGAGCUGUCGGUGGCGACCUAAGCGAUCUCAUAGAGCUCCAAGAUGAUGCUUUUGAGAUUGGAGAUGAUGAAAGGGACAGGGGCAGAUCGAGGGCAGAGGAAACGCUUGCUUCGACGAGUGAGCGCUCAGUAUCCAGAUCAACUCAACAAUAUCAGUCAGCUCGACCAGAUAUCAACCUCGUUUUGAGAGACAGGACGAGAAAAGGGGAGGGUAGCAAGAAGGAUUAG